AAAGCAAAUACUGCUAGCUCUAAAUUGAUCAGGUGAGUAAUUAGGUCGAUCGGUUUCCCUGUCGAUCAACUGCGGUCAAGUGUUGUGACCGCAUAUGGAAGGGGGCCAAAAGUGAUCGACCAAGAAAAGGUCUUCUUUACUUCUUCUUCUCAAUUCCUCCUAGCUAUCCUCUGAUCUGUAGAAGCUGGAAGGAUAUUAAAUUAAUUAGGAAAGGGGAAAAAGAGAUCAUCAGUCGGUCCUUUUUCGUCGUCGUCGUCGUUUACACUAGGGAGUACGUACAACAACAGCUCAUCAGCUCCCACUUUGCAUAUACAAAUAUAAGCACAGAAGAAGCCAAUUAUCUCGAUCGAUCAGCUGCCCCACCCACGGCCCCAACCAACCCCAAUUAAUCAUGGAAAUGGAGAACGGAAUUGAUGCAGUCACUGCCGAGAAAGUCCGACCCAGCCCUCUCUGGAAGCUCAUCGUGGUGGCAUCCAUCGCCGCCGGGGUCCAGUUCGGCUGGGCCCUCCAGCUCUCCCUUCUCACCCCCUACGUCCAGCAGCUUGGGGUGCCCCACAUGUGGGCCUCCUUCAUCUGGCUCUGUGGCCCCAUCUCUGGCCUCGUCGUCCAGCCCAUUGCCGGCUACCUCAGUGACCACUGCACCUCGAGCUUUGGCCGCCGCAGGCCCUUCAUCCUUGCCGGGGCCAUCUGCGUGGGCGUCGCAGUCUUCCUCAUCGGCUUCGCGGCAGACCUCGGCCACCGGUUUGGCGACAGGCUCGACCGCCCCAUGAAGCCCUUCGCCGUCGGAAUCUUCGUGGUGGGUUUCUGGGUGCUGGACGUCGCCAACAACAUGCUCCAGGGGCCGUGCAGGGCCUUCCUGGCCGACCUCUCCGCCGGGGACCACAAGAGGAUCGCCUUCGCCAACAUCUUCUUCGCCUUCUUCAUGGCCGUCGGCAACGUGGCCGGGUACGGUUUGGGCACCGUCUCGGGCCUCCACCGCUUCCUGCCCUUCACGAAAACCGCGGCCUGCGAUGUCUACUGCGCCAACCUCAAGACCCUCUUCCUCGUGGACAUAGUGCUCCUGGCUGUGAUAAUCGCAUCUGCCCUCACCCUGGUGCGCGACGUGCCGCUGGUGUUAGAGAAGAAGAAGUCCGGCCUCGGUGCUUUCUUCUCGCAGUUCAAAGGGGAAUUCAAUCACCUCACCAGGCCCAUCUGGAUCCUGUACGGGGUCACGGCGCUCAACUGGAUCGGGUGGUUCCCCUUCGUCCAGUACAACACCGACUGGGUGGGGCUCGAGAUCUACGGUGGGAAGCCCCAGGGAACGGCGCAGGAGAAGAACUUGUAUGCAGCUGGUGUCCGGACCGGGUCCCUGGGCCUGCUCCUCCAAUCGGUGGUGCUAGCCGUGGCGGCCUUGCUCGGGGAGCAGAUGCACCAUCACAACGUGAUCAGCGAGAGGAAGUGGUGGGGGUUGGUGAAUCUGCUCCUCACAGUCUGCCUCGGGAUGACGAUUCCGGUGACACACGAGGCCAAGCGGUUCCAUCGCAGCUACGGACUGGUACCUCCCCCAAAGAAAAUUAAGGAUUAUACCCUCGCCAUCUUCUCCGUCAUGGGCAUUCCAUUAGCGGUUAACUAUAGCAUUCCGUUCGCUUUGGCAUCAAUGUACUCGAGCAGCUCUGGUGCAGGACAAGGGCUUUCCCUGGGUCUUCUCAACUUAACCAUCGUCAUCCCACAGAUGUUCGUGUCGUUGGUAAGCGGGAAGCUCGAUCAGAUGUUUGGAGGAGGGAACCUGCCGGCCUUUGUCAUGGGUGGGAUCGGGGCGCUUAUCAGUGCUUUGAUGGCUCUCUUCUUGCUUCCUAAACCACCCAAACAUGCUGCUCCGGCGGGGGUCAUGCUUGCAGGUGGACACUGACAACGUCUCUAAUUAAUAAUCCUUUAAUCGACAGACGGACGAUGGAAGAAGAAGAAUUUGGACUGAUGGAUCGAUGAUCAAUCUCCAAAACUUGAAAACAUCGUUCACUGGGUCAUUUAUUUUUUAUUCUUAUUUUAUAGAGGCCACUAUUACUGUAGUCCCCGAAUUUUUUCGAUGCCAUCACUUUAAUCCUCAAAUUAUAAUUUGCAUCGAUUUAGUCCACUAAU